AUGCUCACCAAGUUCGAGACCAAGAGCAACCGCGUCAAGGGCCUGUCGUUCCACCCGAAGCGCCCAUGGAUCCUCGCGUCCCUGCACAGCGGUGUGAUCCAGCUGUGGGACUAUCGCAUGGGUACCCUGAUCGAUCGCUUCGACGAGCACGACGGUCCCGUGCGCGGCGUGAGCUUCCACAGCUCCCAGCCGCUGUUCGUGUCAGGAGGUGACGACUACAAGAUUAAGGUUUGGAACUACAAGCUGCGCCGGUGCCUCUACACCCUGCUGGGGCACUUGGAUUACAUCCGCACGGUGCAGUUCCACCAGGAGUACCCGUGGAUCGUCUCCGCGUCCGACGACCAGACCAUUCGGAUCUGGAACUGGCAGUCCCGCAGCUGCAUCAGCGUCCUGACCGGCCACAACCACUACGUCAUGUGCGCCUCCUUCCACGUCAAGGAGGAUCUCGUGGUGUCCGCGUCGCUGGAUCAAACCGUGCGUGUCUGGGACAUCGGCGGCCUUCGCAAGAAGAGCGUCGCGCCCGGCGGGGAGGAUCCGUUCAGCAGGCACAUGCCCAAGGAGAUGCGCGGCGACGACCUGUUCGGCGGUGGCGACGCGGUGGUCAAGUACGUCCUCGAGGGUCACGACAGGGGCGUCAACUGGGCGGGGUUCCACCCGUCCCUUCCGCUCAUCGUCUCCGGCGCGGAUGACCGCCAGGUGAAGCUGUGGCGCAUGAACGACACCAAGGCUUGGGAGGUUGACACCCUCCGCGGGCACGUCAACAACGUCUCGUGCUGCAUGUUCCACGCCAGGCAGGACAUCAUCGUGUCAAACUCGGAGGACAAGUCCAUCCGCGUCUGGGACAUGUCCAAGCGCACGGGGGUGCAGACCUUCCGAAGGGAACACGACAGGUUCUGGAUUCUCGCCGCGCACCCCGAGGUGAACCUCUUGGCCGCCGGCCACGACUCGGGCAUGAUCGUCUUCAAGCUCGAGCGCGAGCGCCCGGCCUACGCCCAGCACCAGGGGACCCUCUACUACGUCAAGGAUCGAUACCUCAGGGCUUACGACUACGGCUCCAACCGCGAUUCCCCGCUCAUCUCCGUCCGCGGCGCUAGGGGCGGCAACGCCGGCGCGCCCCGCUCCAUGAGCUACAACCCGGCGGAGAACGCCGUCCUCGUCAACUUCGACGCGGAGGGUGGCUCGUACGAGCUGCACGUCCUCCCCAAGGGCGGCGGCGGCGGCGCCGAGCCCGUGGACUCCCGCCGCGGCGUCGGCUCCUCCGCCGUCUUUGUCGCCAGGAAUCGCUUCGCGACGCUCGACAAGGGGGCGCACGAGAUUCAGAUCAAGAACCUCAAGAACGAGGUGACCAAGCGGUGCGCCCCGCCCGACGCCACGUGCGACGGGAUCUUCUACGCCGGCACCGGCACCCUCCUGUGCCGAUGCGAGGACAAGAUGAUACUGUACGACGUCCAGCAGAGGUCCACGAUGGCGGAGCUCGCGACGCCGUCCGUCAAGUACGUCGUCUGGUCCUCGGACAUGUCCCUGGUGGCGAUGCUGUCCAAGCACGCGAUCGUCAUCGCCAACCGCAAGCUCGGCCAGGCGGUGACCGUUCACGAGACCAUCAGGGUCAAGUCCGGCGCGUGGGACGACAGCGGCGUCUUUGUGUACACGACGUUGAACCACAUCAAGUACGCCCUUCCAAACGGAGACUCUGGCAUCAUCCGCACGCUGGAUACCCCGGUGUACCUCACCAAGGUUUUCGGCGGCGUCGUGUACUGCCUCGACAGGGACGGUCGCAACAGACAGAUUCAGAUCGACACCUCCGAGUACAUGUUCAAGCUCGCGCUCAUCCAGCGCAAGUACGACCAGGUGCUCGCCAUGAUCAAGUCUGGCGCGCUGUGCGGCCAGAGCAUCAUCGCGUACCUCCAGAAUAAGGGUUUCCCCGAGGUUGCGCUGCACUUUGUCAAGGAUGAGCGGACCCGGUUCGACCUCGCGAUCGAGUGCGGAAACAUCGAGGUGGCGCUGGCCGCCGCGCAGGAGCUCGACGAUAAGGACACCUGGCACGAGCUCGGCGUCCAGGCGCUGAGGCAGGGUAACUACCAGAUCGUCGAGUUUGCGUACCAGAAGACCAAGAACUUCGAGCGCCUUUCCUUCCUGUACCUCAUCACCGGCAACACCGAGAAGCUCAGGAAGAUGCUCAAAAUCGCGGAGAUGCGCAGCGACGUCAUGGGCCAGUUCCACAACGCGCUCUACCUCGGCGACAUCCCGGAGAGGCUGCGCAUCCUGGAGGAGUCUGGCCAAUACCCCCUCGCGUAUCUCACCGCCAAGACCCACGGCAUGGAAGAGGAUGCGUCGCGACUCGAGACGAUCCUGACGGAGGCUGGGUGCACCGUCCCCGAGGUUGACGGCACCGGCGUGCUCCUCGUCCCACCCGAGCCCAUCACCCUCGGGGACAACUGGCCUCUGCUCACCGUCUCCAAGGGCUUCUUCGAGGGCGUCCUGGCUGGGGAUAUCUCGGCGAGCGAUUACGUCAUGGAGGAGGGCGAGGACGCCGGCGCGGGCUGGGGCGACGACCUCGACCUCGACCUCGGCGGGGACGAGGGGGCGAAGGAAAAGGAGGAGGAUCCCCUCGCGGGGCUCGGGUUGGGCGACGACGACGAGCGCGAGGGCGACGGCGAGGACGACGGGUCCGACGCGGGUUGGGACAUGGAGGACCUCGAGCUCCCGGCGGAUCUCGGAGCGGGCGCCGACGACGGGGCCGACGCCGGGGUGAGCGAGGUGUUCGUGGCGCCCACCGCGGGGGUGCCCGUGGCGAGGCGAUGGACGCAAAAGUCCGCCAUCCCCGGCGAACACGCCGCCGCGGGCGACUUUGACAGCGCGAUGAAGCUGCUGAACAGGCAGCUCGGCGUGGUGAACUUUGCUCCGCUUCGUCAGCACUUCAUCGACGCCGCGCUGGCGACGCACGCGGCGAUGUCCGGCGUCACCUCCGCGCCCAGCCUCUCCUUCCCGCUCGGACGCAACUGGAACAGCGACCUCGCGCCCGGCGUGGGCUGCGCUCCCGCUCUCGUCUCUUCGCUGCCCCUGCUCGAGGAUAGGCUCAAGCUCGCGUACAAGACGACGACGGAGGGCAAGUUUGGCGAGGCGCUCAAGAUGUUCCAGGGUAUAAUCCACUCCAUCGCGGUUCUCCUGGUGGAGACCAGGCGCGAGGUUGACGAGGUGCGGGAGCUUCUGGGCAUCGCCCGCGAGUACGCCAGCGCGCUUCGCAUCGAGAUCAAGCGCAAGGAGUACAAGGACGAUCCGAAGAGAGCCGCGGAGCUCGCGGCGUACUUUACGCACUGCGCGAUGCAGCCGAUUCACCUCUCGCUGUCCCUGAGGUCCGCGAUGUCGAUCUUCUUCAAGCUGAAGAACUUCAACACCGCCGCGGAGUUUUCCAGGCGGCUGCUCGAGCUGUCGCCCCCGGUCAAGGUUGCGCAGCAGGCGAAGCAGGUGCUGCAGGCUUGCGAGCGCGAGAACAAGGACGAGGUUGAGCUCGACUACGACUCCCGAAACCCCUUUGUGGUUUGCGCCGCGACGUUCACGCCCAUCUACAGGGGCACGGCGGACGUCGCGUGCCCCACUUGCGGCGCCAGGUUCGUGAAGGAGCAGGAGGGGACGGUGUGCCCGGUGUGCAACCUCGGCAAGGUUGGCGCCGACGCCACCGGGCUCGUGUGCAGCCCCGAGCAGCGCAAGUGAGAGGAGGAGGAGGAAUACAGUUUGUGGUUUAAUACACACGCCGAAGUUUUGCGA